GCACGUUUCAUAUUCUGACACACACAGAGUGAGCAGGAUAUCCUCCUGUUUUUUUAUUCCUUCUAAAUUUAAUUCAACCAUUGUAAAAAAAUCUGUGAUGUCAGACUGUGAUUAUUCCUGCAAAUCAUAUCGGGAGAACAGCAAGAAUAUCCAUCUCUACGAAGGAUGUGAGGGUUCAGGGGAUGAAAACAGGAGGCUGAAGAGGAGAGAGAGGAACAGAGUUUCAGCAAGAAAGAGUCGGAACAGACAAACGCAGAGAGCUGACCUUCUGCAUCAGGCCUGUGAGCUGUUGGAGCAAAAGAACAGAAAGCUGAGGAGCGAGGUGGAUUCUCUCUCUGAAGAGCAGCGCCUGCUGAACAACGCCCUUGUGGCACAUGAGCCCCUCUGUCCCAUCAUGCAUUGCUCCUUCGCCUCAUCCACCUUGUCCAGCCUGCAGCCUGACACCAGAGAAACCCACUCUGUCUGAGGCAAGCAGUUAUGACUCCUACCACGCAGUAUGCAACAAAAUCAUCUGAAGAUACACACCGUGUUAUAAUGCAGUCAACCUCCAGAGGGCGCCCUUCACCAUGAUCAGAGACAAACUGUUUCUUCAACAGACAAGAGGACUGAACGCCUACUGAACUUACAGUGAACUUAUAACCAGAGUGAAGAGUGCCCUCUGCUGGUGGAACCUGUUACUCAGCUAAUCAGGUCCAAAAUGUAAAUACAGUAAUAGAUAUUUUCCAUACGGCACCUUCAUUUAUAU